AAAAUCGUUCUGUCAGUCGACGGCUUUUGGUGACGCUACUUUUGUGCGAUUUCUGGAUACUAAAAUUGCAAAUUUUCACUGAUUUCUUCAAGAAAACAGUUCAUUUUGUGCGCAGUUAGAUACUCCCAACUUCAAGAUGUCCCUAAAAACGUACGGCGACAGGCCGGUGAGCUUCCAGCUUGAGGACGGCGGCGAAUACUAUUGCAUCGGUUCCGAGGUGGGAAAUUAUCUCCGGUUGUUCCGUGGUAUACUGUACAAAAAAUACCCCGGAAUGAUGCGUAAAACUCUCACGCCGGAAGAACGCAAGAAGCUGCUGGAGACGGGAAUCAGUAAUCAAUUCCUGGCCAGUUCGGUGUCGCUGCUGAGGGCAUCGGAAGUGCAGGAAAUUCUGGACGGUAAUGACGAGAAGUACAAAGCGGUUUCGGUAACCACGACGGAACCACCAGCUCCACGCGAGAGCAAAUCAAGCAAGAAGCAACCCCCAUGGGUUCCGACCAUGCCGAACUCCAGCCACCUGGACGCGGUUCCACAGGCGACUCCCAUCAAUCGGAACCGGGUGCACAACAAGAAGAUCCGUACCUUCCCGAUGUGCUUCGACGAUACGGAUCCUACUUUGAACAUCGAAAAUGCCGCCCAAGCGGAAGUGCUGGUUCCGAUUCGGCUGGACAUGGAAAUCGAAGGGCAGAAGCUGCGCGAUACUUUUACCUGGAACCGGAACGAAUCUAUGAUCACUCCAGAACAGUUCGCGGAGGUCUUGUGCGAUGAUUUGGAUCUCAAUCCGACGCCUUUCGUCCCGGCCAUUGCAGCGGCCAUCAGACAACAGAUCGAGGCCUAUCCUAGUGAGCCGAUCGUUCUCGAGGAAGGAUCUGAUCAGCGAGUGCUGGUCAAGUUGAAUAUCCAUGUAGGAAAUACCUCGCUGGUGGACCAAGUCGAGUGGGACAUGGCCCAGAAGGACAACAACCCAGAGGAUUUUGCCAUUAAGCUGUGCGCCGAGCUGGGUCUUGGGGGGGAAUUUGUCACGGCCAUUUCCUACUCCAUUAGGGGACAGCUGUCGUGGCAUCAGCGGACGUACGCUUUCAGUGAGGCACCGCUGGCCACGGUUGAGGUGCCAUUCCGGGCGCCGAGUGAUGCCGACCAGUGGGCUCCCUUCCUGGAGACGCUCACCGACGCCGAGAUGGAGAAAAAGAUUCGCGACCAGGACAGGAACACGCGACGCAUGCGCCGGUUGGCCAAUACUUAUACCUAAGCGUGGGCAAUCUCAUUCCGGACGUCUUGAUGGAAAUCAUCAUAAUUUUAAGCUAGACUUUUAAGGUAAGUGUCGUUUAUUGUGGUCUAAAUGGCGGAUGGACAAAAUAUAGUGUCUGUGUAGCUAA